AUGUCCCCCCGCAAGCCUUGCCAUUUUCCCCAUCAAGCACCCUUCAAGAACCCCGUAGAGUCGAAACCGUUCGUAGUUCCAGCCGCCAGCGCGUACAUGGAAUCUCCGUCAUCCGAGUUUUACCGCGUACUACUUCAUGACGAAAUUCUAUCCAACAAACGACCGUUAAAAUCGCCGCACAAACUGAAACACAAAGCGUGCAAGCUGUGUCCAAUAACUCGAUCGGACCCAUCGCCCUUGGCCCCCCUUGAUCCAACCCCCCGCGACGACGACGACGACAAUAUGCGUCGACCCAUAUGCACGAGGCAGCCCCUCUUGCUUCCCCACUUGGAGACUCGGGUGCUCCAACGCAGACGAGUGAUUCUUCACGUCGACGGUCCGGCUGAGAUUGGGCUGGAAGAGAUCGUCCAGUACAACGAAGUGGACACCCUCCGUUCUGUGAACCCGUUGGCAUUAUUCCUGCCCAAGAAAUGCUCGACAACGGAUGAAGUUCCCCUCAUGCCUUGUUUUGCCAAAGCCCAUCGGUCUCGUCUCUUUGACGUGGAAAGGUGGAAGGAACCAAUCCGAGAUCGCGACAAAGCGUGGGGAAGGGAUGAGCUGUCUGUGAUUCAAGCUGUUCGUCCAGGCAGAUAUCCGAUGACCGACGGUCGGUAUCAUUCUACGACCAAGUGGAGGGCAUCGCGGAAGGACAACGAACAGAGACUGAAUCGACGGGGAGUGAUCAUCGAUUUGAGUUAUGUGAUCGUGACAGCCAUUGGAGUCAACAUUUUUGGUCGCGUCUACGGCGCAGGACUGCAAAGCAAACGAUUCAUUGUGCUGAACGUGUACGAUCCCGCGUUGGCCCUCAACCACACGAUGCAGCUGUCGAUGGAUGAAUUGGAAAACUUAUUUCAGGAUCACAUGGACUUGUUAGUCGCUGGUCGAAAAGAAGAUCUUGUCACGGGCAUCGUGGCCAUGCUUUACUUCACAUACCCACCGGACGGCGCGACCCCGUCUGAAACCCCCACUUUGCACAUCAACAAACACAUGAAAAUCAGCGCCUCCAAACUUCGACGACAACAACGAGAACGGCAGCGGCAGCUCGAAGCCGAGCAGAAGCGGCUAGACGCGCUGAAAUUCCUCACAAUGGCUCGCCGCCAGCGGUACCGCAUAGUAGCCCGAAGCCUCAAAAUGGGAGGGUUGUGGUUUACAGUGACAGUGCACCAAUACCCAAACCAAAUCCGAAAUUUCGCCAUUGUCGCAUAUCACCCGAUGUCCGGGACCCAAUACGCGCUGCCCGUGGGGCUGCACCAUGCGGGGGCUCUGGCUCGACUGCUCGCGCCUCCCCAUCAAUGGUCCAAGCAAGACAAAGUUGUCGUCGCGUCCACAGUCAUAAAACAUUUGCGCCUAGUGCACAAUUCAUUGGGCGAGACAGCGUUGGCUGUGGAUGGUCGCGUCGGUUUCUUCAACAAGACCUUGGCUCUUGAAUGUGCCGAGACCGCAGAUUCAGUGGCAGAGCGAGAGUAUCGCCAAGAGGUGGCCAAUGCCGUCACCCUGGUGCAAACCGCGUGCUACAAACAAGUGCGAGAAUUGCAACAGGUGGUCACAGAUAUUGACGGGCAAUUCCAAGUCGAGUUGAAAGAGUUGGAAGUGGCGCGGGACGUGCUGCGAGCCAAAGAAAUCGCGGUCAAGGAUCAGCUUGACGACGUCGAGAGCAAGGGGCUGGCAGACGUCGUGAACGCGUCGGCGGACAAGGAGACGAAAGCGCAGCAGAAGCAAGAGCUGCGCGACCGACGCCAGCGACUCAAACGCGAGAGAGCUGACACGCAAACCCAAAUCAAGGCCACGACACAAGACAUCACUACCGUCCUCGCCAAACAACAAGAGGCGAGUGCGCACUACCAAGCCGACAUCAAGCGUCACAUGCUAGAAUGCGAGCAGGAAGUCGCGUACAUGUCUGCGGCAGCCAGCCAACCGUUUCAGUUCCACGACAAGACAAGCGGCGACCGACGGAAAUGCAAAGUCGGGUACACGGACGGCCGCCGGCACAAACUCGAAAUGGGCUGCACGCAUAAACUGAUGGCUGGCGCGGCUACGAUGCGAGACGGACAGCGCGUGCGCUACUCUGUGUGGACCUUGCCUGGCAAUCAAGUGGUCUUUCACUUGUACAACCCCACCACCAGCGGCACAGUCCAUUUCACAUGUUCCAAGCUGGCGUGGUGCAUCUGGAGCAAACAAACUAAAGCAAGGGACGUUGACUUGUGGGCGAUUCAAACACAAAUCCCAGCGUUUGUCGUAUAUCCCCAAGGCGGUGCUGCCCCGAAUGCACUGGAAACUCAACUCGAUCAAUUGACCAGGCAAAUGGAGGUCCAAUCUGCCGCCUACGCCACGAUGGCAACCUCGUACUCUCGUGAAUCGGCCAAGUGUUUCGAACAGCUCAAAGCCUUGACACUUGACAAACGUGUGCUACAUGGACGCGUCCGGCAGCUGUACCAUCCGGUGGCGUCGGCGCUGAUAAGUCGGCUGUCCGUUACGUCAGGUGAUCAAGUGGACGUGAACACGCUACUCUUGGUCAUGCCGCAGGUAGACGUCGUCACGUCCAAGGGCGACUCGAAGAGCUGUGCGUGCGAAAUCCAUCUCGACGGCACCCAAAUAGUGUACGAGAUCGACCACGGGUGGAAGACCCAAGUUCACCCGUACACGGACGAGUUGAUGGCUGAAUUUGCGACGGAAUCGGCCGCGGAAAUGAAAGUGCACAUGGAGCUCACACUGGCCACGAUGCAGUUGACGUACCCCGAGGCGACGACAGAAGCUGGAAGUAGUGGUGUGGUGCUGGAGUUUCUGGAUUGACCGGGUGGCGAUUUAAAUAAACUAGUGUUAGGCUGGUCGA